AUGCCUCAGAUGACCGGCGGCCAGGCUGUGGUCGCGUCCUUGCACGCUCAGGGUGUCGAUACGGUAUUCGGCAUUAUAUCCGUCCACACCCUCGACCUGUUCGAUGCGUUGUUCGACCGCCAGGACGAUGUCCGUUUCAUCGGUGGCCGUUUGGAGUUGGGCUGCGGCUAUAUGGCCGACGGCUACUCCCGCGCCACCGGACGCCCUGGCGUUAUCCUGACUAGCACCGGCCCCGGCGCUGCCGAUUCUGUCGGCGCAAUGGGCGAGGCAUACUUCUCGGCUUCCUCCAUCCUUCAGGUGACCACCAACGUCGAGACCGAAUUCGUCGGCAGCGGCAGAAUGGCCACCCACGAGACCAAGGACCAGUUGGGUAUGUUCGCCGCCGUGACCGACUGGAACGCCCGCAUCGAUCAAAUCGAAUCCAUACCGGAUCAUUUCGUUGAAGCGUUUGUCCGUUUCGGCGAGCGCCGUCCCCGCCCCAUUGAACUCGAGGUUCCCACCGACCUUCUCGGUCAACAGGCUGAGGUGGAGGUGUUGCGGCCCCGGGACCCGGACGUGCCCCAGGGAGAUCCUGUCCAGGUUGAGCGCGCUUGGAACCUGCUCCGUAGCGCCAAACGCCCGGUGAUCUUCCUCGGUGAGGAGAUCCAUACCACCGGCGGAGCGGAUGACAUAAUCCGCCUGGCCGAGCAGAUCGGCGCGCCCGUGGUUACCGGUGAUGGCGCCAAGGGCACCUUCCCCGAAAGCCACCCUUUGUCUCUUGGUAUGGCGCUCGGCAAUCGCAUCUGGGGUCAAAACCCCGUCCUGAACUGGUUGGGUGAAUGCGAUGUCGCGCUCGUCUUGGGCAGUAACCUGCCGUACCGGUCGACUUCCGGCGUCGGCGUCAAGUUGCCGGAAAAAAUCAUCCACGUCCUCCUCGACGGCGAUUACAUCGGCAAGAAUUACGACACCGAGGUCGCCAUCGCUGCUAACAGCGGCGCUGUGGUCCGCCAGUUCCUCAGCGCGGCCGGUGAUGCCGACAUCGGAACCGGUGAUGAAUAUCGCAAAGGAAAUCGCCGAGCUGAAGUCCAGCGUUUACUCCGGUCUGCAAGAGCAAUGGGGCCCUGA